GUGGCAGUGGGGCGGGCGGCUCCAUCCCGGCCCCGGCGGUGGCGGCCCGGGGCAGCAGGUGCCCCUUGGCGGGCUCGCAGCACCCCCAGCACCGCCCCGGGCACCCUCCGCGAGCGGGGUCCUUCCUCCCGGUGCGUCCCCUCCUGCUGAUGCUUCCUUGUCUCCCCCCCCCGCCCCAGGUGAACCGUGACCCCCCCGUCCCGUGCCGCCGCCAUGUCCCGCCGCAGCCAGCGCCUCAGCACCACCCGCUAUUACCCCGGGGACGACGAUGCCACGACCAGCAGCAGCAGCAGCUCUCUGCUGGGGGGCCAGCAGCUCCCCUUCAAGGAGGGCACCGGCAGGACGGUCAGGAGGAAAUCGAGCAGCACGAAGCGCAUCUCUCCUGCCCCCAGCACCCAAACCUCCUACUACAGCGAGUCCUUGGUGAGCGAGUCCUACCUGGGAGGCAACCGGGGCUUCGCUGCCCUGGGCAGCUCCAUGCUGGAUGAUACCCUGGACAGCAGUGCAUAUUGGGGUGGGGAGUUCUCUACCAGGAGGAGAAGAGGCACUGGGGACACAGAGUCCAGCAAGAUCAACGGGCUGCUGGAGAGCAAGACGUAUGACACCUACACCUCUUCGUCUGGAUAUUCCUCAGAAGAUGACUAUGCCGGUCACUUCUACUCAGGCCAGAGUAGCUCCGGGUCAGGGCUGAGGUCCGCAGCCUCCCGGGUGGGCUCCUUCCUCUGGCAAGUGUUCACUGCACCAGUUCGGUUCCUGGGGUGGCUGUUCUCGGGACUGGCAGCUGCCUGGCACCACCUCACUGGCACGGCUCCACACCUGAACAGUGUCCCCUUCUCCAGGCGCUACCCGUGGCUGAAGAGGUCCCUGCUUCUGCUGCUGCUCCUCCUGCUCCUCACUGCUGCUGCCUAUGGAGCUUGGUACUUCUAUCCCUAUGGGCUGUCGACACACAACCUCCCUGCCUUCCCGUGGUGGGGAGCAGGAAAGCUUUCCUCCCCUGACAUGCCCGGGACAGGGGACCUGACCACGCUGGACCAGGGGCACCACCGGCUCCUGGCUCGCUUCCAGGCCCUGGAGAAGCGCUUUGAGGUGCUGGAGGCCGAGAUGUCGCGGUGGGAGCUGCGGCGGGGAGCGGCAGCGGUGGCGGCGGGGGGAGAGCCACCACCAGGGGAUGUCCUGGCUCUGCUGGAGGGGCUGUUGAGCCGCCGGGAUGCGGGGCUGAAGGAGCAUCUCCGCACCGACAUGAACAGCCACCUCCAGGGUGAGCUGGAUGCUCUCCGAGCUGAGGUGCGGAGGGAUCUAGACGGACGCCUAGGGAAGAUGGCACAAACCUCUCAGGAGAUGGAGACACGCUUGCUGCAGCUGAACUCGGAAUGGCAGAGCUCGGUGCAGGAGAGCCUGCGAGGGAAGUUCCAGCAGGAGGUGGGCAAGCUGGAGCAGGAGGUGGCAGCGCUGAGGAGGGAGCUGGCGGGCCUCAAAUCGGACCAGGAGGUGAUGGGGAAGCACAUGGAGGGGAUGCUGGAGCAGCUGAAGGCAGUGCGUGCUGACGUGGAAGCUCAGUUCCCAGCGUGGGUCAGUCAGUUCCUGUCACAGUCCCGGCGGGAUGGCACUGCUGGGCUUGUCCUCCAGCAGGAAGACUUGCAAGUGGAGCUCCAGGCGCUGGAGCGUAAAAUCCUGGACAAAGUCUUGGAGGACAGGAGGCUGUCAGCGCGGGAUGCUGGUAUUGGAGUGGCCCUGCGGCAAGGGGGGACCACGGGGGUGACAGAGGAGCAAGUGCAUCUCAUCGUGGACCAGGCCCUGAAGCGCUACAGCGAGGACCGCGUGGGGAUGGUUGACUAUGCCUUGGAGUCAGCAGGGGCCAGUGUGAUCAACACCCGCUGCUCAGAGACCUACGAGACACGGACAGCACUGCUGAGCUUGUUUGGCAUCCCCCUGUGGUACCACUCACAGUCCCCCCGUGUUAUCUUGCAGCCAGAUGUCAACCCUGGAAACUGCUGGGCGUUCCGUGGGUCCCAGGGCUUUGCUGUCAUCCGUCUCUCCAGCAUCAUCCGCCCCACGGCCGUGACACUGGAGCACAUCCCAAAAGCUCUCUCGCCCAACGGGACCAUCCCCAGCGCCCCCAAGGACUUUGCUGUCUAUGGUUUAAAGGAGGAGGGAGAGGAGGAGGGCCUUCUACUCGGGCAGUUCACCUACAACCACAAUGGCAACCCCAUCCAAACAUUUUACUUUGAGGAUGACACCAUUGGCACAUACCAGCUGGUGGAGCUCCGGGUGCUGAGCAAUUGGGGUCACCUUGAAUACACCUGCAUUUACCGCUUCCGUGUGCACGGGGAGCCGGCGCACUGACCCCGGCGCAGGAUGAGGAUGCUGCCGGCCUGACAGCAAGAGGGGGUUUGUCUGGUUCACCGCUUCGCACGUAGAAACCCUGGGAUGUGCCAGCAGCUGCUCCCCACAGCGGGGGAGAAGAGCUGGGAUUUAAGGGGUGAGGCUUUCGCUCUUCCAAGGACUGGGGUGGCAAGGCAAAAGAGCAUCCCACGUGCGUCCUGGCGCAGCCUGGCUUGUUUUCAGUGUGUAUCGGACAUUUUAACUUUUUAAGCUCCUUUUUUAUCGGGUCUGUGCAGCCCUUCGUCCCCACUGCCCGCUCCUUUCCAAUGGUGUACCUAGCGUUGCCAGGGCUUGGGAAAGGGGUAUGUAAUUUUGCCAUGUGCUUCACGCAGGCUUGGGCACAUUACGGUGUAUGGGACCGUGGUGACCGGCUUGGUGCCGCUGGAGUAGGUAGGAGCCAGCAGUCACGGCCACUGAGUCUCUCCCCUCCACACAGGGUCAUUUCUUUUGCCUUCGCAUUGGUUCUGGUAGAGAUCUCCAGACCUCUGAUGCUGGGCUGGCAGAGGGGAAAUAAGACAGUAUUAAUGAAGUAUUAACAUAAACUAACGGUUUGGGGUGGCAGGAGGGGAGGAAUUUGGCACUUGAUUGUGGCAGAGCCUGCCCUGGUGCUGCUGGCUGUCUGCUCAAGCCCUCCUGCUGCCAGCGGCUGGGUAUUGGCAAUGCUGUUGGCUUCCCUGGCGGGCUGCUCCCCAGUGUUAAGCUUGAUGAUGCUAUUGAAAACUCCUGUUACCUGCUUCCCCUUUUGGGUUUAUUCUGGUUUUUUGGAGGGAGGGAGGGAGGGGGGUGUUUUCCAGUUGGGGUGUUUGGGAUUUUAUUUUUUUUGUAGUAACAAAGUUGAAAAAAGACUUUUUCCAUGUGAUUUCUACUUAACCAGAGAAUGUUACGUGGCGCCGCUUGGGCAAGUGGCUUAGAAGCGAAGAGGGCUAGAGCUUUGUUUAGUAGGAGAAUAGCGCACACACAGUAGGAUAAGCUAGAAUAAGAUGAGCAAAGCUGUUUAAAAUACAGGCCUUGAGUUGUUGGUGGCUUGGUAGCUGAACCUGGGAGACAAGGUCCUCCGUGGACUGCUGCCUGGCAGGGUGCCGGAGAUCCUGCCCUCCUUGCUCCGGAGACAUCCUCCGAGACUGCAACGUGUGGCUAUGGCCUCUUGUCCAUGGCUGCAUCUGUAUAUAGGUGACUGUCUGCAGCGAGCUGGAGCUCUGCACCACGCUCUCCAUGGGUGGGAGAUGGGGCAAUCCCCAGGGCUUGCAAGUGCCAGCAUGCUCCUGCACCUUGGGGAGGAAUGGGGCCUCCCCUCACCUGCAGUGCUCAGGGCUGCCUCUGUCGUUUCCCGGUCCCCAGUGGCAGAUGGCUGGCACAGGGUGACCUCAUUUCUCUUGGAAGGGCUCCCUUUCCCUCCUGCCUCCUCCUCACCAGCAUGGCUCAGUUCCCUGGCCGUGCUGGAGUAGGAUAGGGAGUUCUGCCUGCAGUGGGCAUGUAAAUCCUGCCUCUACCUGUGGUGUGAUGGGGGGAGCUCUGGCAGGGAACUGCAGGAAGGAUGCAUGGGGACCUUCCCUGAGCUGAGGAGUGCCAGGGCCAUCUGGCCACUCCAUUUCCUGGCUGCCUGCAUCACCCUUAGUUUGGCUUAUGUUCUUGGAUGGCAUUUAGAGCCUCCCCAUUUGUCUUGUGUUUUGUUGAAAUAAAAGCUAAAGGGCUCAUGUUUAGUGUUUCGGCCCUAUCUGAUGCUGGCAUCAUCCUUCCCCGGGCACCACCAGCAGUAGGGGUUCACCAUGAGUUGAUUCCUGUAUGGUCUCUUCUCUGCUUGAAGCACUGUAGGGUGAGGGAUAGAGAGGAGGGGAAUGGGCUGAAGAAGUGUCUCCUUUCAGCAUGCUUUGGUGUGAGUUGGGCAGAGGGGUUGAGUCCUGACCCGCUCCAUGCCAGCUGGAGGGGAUGAGGAUGGUGGUAGCACAUCCCUUCUGGAGGAGUUUCCUUGCUCCAAGCAGCCUCAACUCCAGCAGAUUAAAAUGACCCCAUGGAGCUCCCUGCCGUGCUGGGAGGCCCUGCUGCUGGGAGAGAGCAGAUCUGCAGCCAGAUCCAGUGAGGAUAAAUUCUCUCCUAUAUUGAGCAUAGUCUUAAUUCUUGGCAGCCACAGCCAAAGUUAUUUUAAACUUGUCUACAGCUGCCCGCUUGCCUUGGAGUCAUGUCCGUGAGUGCCCUGCUCACAGGGAGUUGUGCUUUUAUAAAUGCCCAGACCUGUCCUUGGCUGGGCAGAGCAGCUCCUGUAUUUGAGUAAUAGAGGGCAGAGAUGAAGCUCUUCCCCUUCCCCGGGGGUUCUAUGGCUGCUGGAGGAAAUGCCAUAACCACAAGGCUGGAAAACCCCUUCUCUUCCCUUCUAGUUCCCUGCCCUCUGCGUUGGGCUGUCAGGACAGACAGGGUCUUUUUGAUUUUGUGGCAAAUCAGGCAUGCUGAUGAGAGGUGGGAAAGGGGGAACCUCUUUCGCCAGGAAUGGAGCUGGAGUGGGGUCUCUGCUUCUUCCAAGGGGCUGUUAACCACUGGCUAUGGGGUAGGGAGCAUUUGGCUUUACAGGGCAAGCUUGCCCUGUCCUUUGGAGGCUAAAGUCUGUGCUGUUCUGAGGUAAAAACCCCUGGAGCCAUCAGUGAGAGGUCACCUUGGGGUUCAUGCCUUUCUCUAAAGGGUAGUACUGGUUUUGGAGGUCUCCUCAUGCCAACUGCAUGAGGAGGCCCAGGAAGGCAUGGUGAGGCUACACACGGUUUGUCAUCACCCAAACUCUGCUCAUGGGUGCCAGGCUGCAGCCAGAGCACCCAGGCAGCUGCCUCUCCAGCAGCAGCUUGCUGCAACACCUUCCUGAGCUGCAAAGGAAUAGAAGGCACAUAAAACCGCUGCUUCAGCAUGUGCAUCUGUGCCCAGAGGUAUUUCAUCCUUGUGCUGCUGCAGAAGAUGGGCCUCUUGAGGCAGGAGAAAUGGGAAACAGCUGUCAGAGCAGAUCUCCCUUAUUUUACUCCAGUUUCCUCUUCUCUUCUCCCUCCUCAAUUUGCCCUACACACGUGUUAUGAAUUAGCCCUGCAGAAACAGAUGGUUACAGGCAGGAAAUGAGUUUGUAUUUGAUGCUGUAGCCUGUUGCAAAUGCUGCACUGUUUUGUUCAUUUUAUUUUUUAAUCAACAGAUUGUAAUUUAUACCUAUGCAAGAAAAGGAAAAAGACCAAGACGAAUAAAUUAUGUUAAAACUGC